AUGCUAAAAUGCAAGAAUGAUAAUGGUGAAUCGACUCUAUCGUAUUGCAUUCAAAGUCGCCUUGAUUUACCUAUUUCAAAAAGUUUAAUUACUCGAGGUUUUUCCUCAUCAAUUAUUGAACGUUGCUAUAUAGAUCAAUACUACUUAAAAAAUGAUGAUUUUAUCGAUGGUGUUGAUCUUUUAGUAGUUUGUACGAUUCUUCAAAAUCAUAUCAAACAUAUUGAUGACCUGAAACAGCACAGUAUCAUUCCAAAUGGAACAAUCAGUGAGACGCGUACAAGUGCAUCAACAUUGAAUUUGUGUCUUACAUGCACAAAAGAAGCAAAGCGUCUUGCCUGCAUUCCUUGUAGUCAACCAAAAGCAUGUAUUUCACGUGGUUCAUCUGUACAUCAUUCAUUAAUAACAUUAACAGAACGGUUAGCUAAAUUUUUUUCUCUCUGUUAUGAUACUGAAAUAAGAAUGUUGACGUCUAUGCUUCAUUGUUCUAUAGUUACAAAUGUUUUUGUUUUGUGUAUAAAUGAAAAUAAUCCAAACCUACAUACACCAGUGAAGACUCGAAUUCUAGACUUAUUUACAAUGGCUCUAUUACAUAAGAAUAACUAG